GAUAUUAGAUACAAAAGUUGAAAUUCUUGCUAAAAUGUGUUUGGUAAACAUCUUUGUAUAUAUUUUAUAACUGCCUUGGGAUGAGUGGUGUUUGGCGCCCCCUACUGGUUGCCUAUAAAUAAGAGGGGAAACCGGAAAUUCCACACAGACGGUUUUGCACUCUUAUGUGGUAAGUCAUCAGGUCUGGUUCUCCUCUGACUUGUUUUUGUGAUUUUGUUCGGGGACUAAAUUGGAGUGUUGUUGCAGUGCACAGAGAACAGGUGGACUAGUAGGGGAGGCUGACGGGAUGUUUUUGUCGACCACUCAUUGCAGGUUGUAAAAUAAACCACUUACAAUCCAACCCACUGUCCACGCGAGUCUGUAUGACAGGACCGGUAAAAAGGAAGCUGUUACAUUGGUGCCGUGACCCGGAUUUCAAUCAAGCUCAUCGAACCUGUGACCGUCCUGUCUGCUACAUCGGUUUUUGAAGACAUCAGUUCACAUUGUGUAUGGGUUCAUGUUCACAGCUGACACAGUAGCAUUAUAGUGCAGUGUAAAGAUAUUUCUAUACACUGAGAAUCUUUAUGUGCCAUUAGAGUAAUAUUUUGAUUUGUUUUGUUUAUUAUUCGUUUAUUCCAAGUUGGUGAUUUUAUUUCCUAUUGUGUUUUAGAUUCUGAAUUUUUUUUUUUUUUCAUUUGUUAAACUCCUGAACAAUGUCUAAUCAAAGUAACCACUGUUGGUAUAGCACACCCAUUAGUAUUGGUAGAGGAAGAGGUGUGCUUGCUCCCAUUCCUUUUUCUGUUGAUAGUCCUGCUCCUAGUGGUCUUAUGGCCUCAUUAGAUGAAAUUCCUAGUGCUAGAGUCCAUAAUCCUGUUGACUGUUAUACCAGAACACCUAUGCCUAAUAUCACACCAACACCGAACCCUACUAGUGACAGUUCUGAGUGUGUAACUGCCCAGAUGAAAUCUGUUAUCCAAGAGAUAGGACAUCAGCUUGCUGACAGCAUCAUUUCACGCAUACAGCCACAUAACACAGUUGCUCCCAGUUCUACAGCCACACAAACUGUAGCGAGCAUUAUGGGUCAGUCCGGUUGUGUAUCUGAUGUAUCGCAGGUUCAAGUUGUCAUGCAGAGAAAAGUCAAAGAACCUCCAUGUUUUGCAGGUAAUGGCUCAGACUCCAUUACAGUGCAUGACUGGGAAGAUCAGAUGAGAACAUUCAUUAGGAAAAGUAAUGUUAAGAUUGAAGAGCAGGCUGAUGAAAUUCUUAUGCAUCUGAGGGGAAAGGCUAAGGACGUAGUUAAGUUUGGGAUUAGAAAUAGUAACAUUAACAUUACUGCUCACCCUGACAUGAUUUUUAGUCUCCUCAGAAAACACUUCAGCUCUACUAAGUACUCUGCUGUCCCCUUAGCUGACUUUUAUUCGACCCUUCCCAAAGGCCACGAAGACCCAUAUGACUACUGGCUGAGACUAAACAGAGCAGCUGACUUCGCCUCUGACUGCCUGAGAGAACAGGGCAAAUUAUUUGAAAACCCUGAGAUGGAGGUGACACGUAUGUUUAUUAGAAAUUGUCCCUGUAAAGACCUGACUCUCACUUUCAGGUCCAAAACUAUUGAUAAGUGGUCAGCGUGUGAAGUCCUGGAGGUGCUGAAUGAGUACCAUGCUGAGGUGAGCUGUAAAGAAACUUCCCCAGUGCACCACGAGAAGACAGUGGACAUUAAAGUGCACAAAGCAGAGGUAGGCCAUGGCUUGGUCCCUACACACAACAGUCAGGAGAACUCCCAGACACACAGCCCUCAGUGUGUCUCCCUGACAGAUGUAAUGUUCAUGUUAGAGAAGGUUCUGCUGCAUGGAGCCUCUGAUCAAUCACAUGUAAGAAGGCGAACUCCACCCAGGCGACCUGUAAACAAUACAGACAAAAUUGAUGGUUUCACAAUUAAACCAUGCAUUAUUUGCAAAGCUGACAACCACAGUGCCUUGUCACAUUGCCGAGAAAACAGGCUCUGUUUCAAGUGUUAUGCUCCAGGCCAUUCACGCCACAACUGCCCAACUAAAAGAGCUGCCCCAGAGCAUCAGGAAAACUGACUGGUCUGCACACAAGGGAGAACAGUGCAGAUGAACUCAAUAAGCCUCCCAUCAGUAAUGAGUUUCCAGAAAUCCAAGAUAAUGCAUCCCUCUAUGAGUUGUACAGUAGUACAUUGAUCCCAUCCAAGAAACUGAUAUUCCAGGGAUCCCAAAGAAUAGCAGAAACUAACAGCCUGUUCUACACACCUGUGUCUGUACAGAAUGGCCUCACCCUCAAAGCACUGUUAGAUAGUGGUUCAAUGGCUUGUACAAUAAAUGAGUCCUCUGUUCAGUCCCUUUUACAGCAGUGUCCUGACAUAACGAAAAGCACAGCUGAAGAUUAUGUCAUUAUAGGCUGUGGUGGACAACAGGUUUUCCCCAAAGACAUGUAUGACCUUGAUGUCAUGGUUUAUGGAUGUAGGAUGAUAAUUCCAACAAUGGUUGUUCCAGGCCAGACAGAACAGAUGAUUCUUGGCAGCAAUGCCAUAAAACACAUUCUAACCCAACUAAAGAACACUGACAGCUACUGGAGACUAGUUUAUGCACCCAACAAUGGCCAGACACCUGACCACUGCCAAUUUCUAUCACUACUAUCCAAUACAGAACG